CAUAGUUGUUCUUAUUCGAUUAUUCUAAUGGCCCAUUGUUCUAUGAUUUGACGUUAAGAAAAAAUUUAUUAUAGUACAUAUGUGAAGUAUAUUUAUUUUUUUGUGAUUUGUGUAUAAUGCUAAGUAUAAGUAAGAAAAUAAAUGGAAAAGCAAGAUGGGAUGAAACUUGGACACUAGAAAAUGUAUCUCUUAUAAAGGAACUUGCUUCCGAGCAGUAUGCCUCGCCUGAAUCAUUUUUGUCAACGCUCAAAAAUGAAAUUAAAAUAAUAUUACGACAGAGGCAAACAAAAUGCAUAGUCCUCCUGUUGGUUUUUAACUUGGCAUCGUUUAUACUACUGUUGAUGUGGUGUUCAAGUACCCAAAGUUUAGCUCUGCAGGCAUACUCGUACACAGUUGGAUUUAAUCUGUUGAGUUUACUUACGUGCAUACUUUCCGUGUGGGUUGGAAACCAGAAAUGUACAGCUGUCUUCACGUUCGGCUACGAGAGGUUUGAAGUGCUGGCAGUGUUUGCCAGCACUGUGCUAGCACAGCUUGGUUCUCUAUUCAUCAUCAAGGAGAGCGUUAAAAGGCUUGUACUGGACCAACCUGAUGUGCAUAUUGGUCGUUUGAUGUUCGGUGCUGGCCUGGCCUUCCUGUGUCAUGUUGUCGUAACGUACGGAUGCAAGAACAGUGCACUAGACCACGUUAUUGCAGCAUCUUCAUCGAGUUGGCUUCAAGAGCAUGUGUCUGACAUCAGCCAAACCGUGUGUUCUGUGCUGCCGGUGCUGAGCACCUUGCUGCUCCCCAGAGUAAACCCCAUGGUGCUGAUCGCCUCUGCAGGGGCCGUGGCGCUGUGCAUCACCGACUUGCUCAUACAAUUCAGGAACUAUUUUAUAGUGGACACUCUAGCUGCAAUGUGCAUUUCAUCCAUGAUGUGUGCCACGAUGUUGCCAAUGAGUGUAUACAGUGGAAAAAUACUCCUGCAGACUACACCGUCCCAUAUUGUAAGUCAGCUUGAUAAGUGUCUUAGAGAGACACUGACCAUUGAUGGUGUUCUUGAAUUCAGAAACGAACAUUUCUGGAUGCUGUCUUUUGGAAAAAUGGUAUGACAUUUUCAAUUUUUUUAUGCAUGAAACUUUUGAUUGUGAACAUUAAUACAAUGGUUGUGACUGAGAGUGUAAAUUUUUUUUUUUGUGCAGGCUGGUUCUUUACAAGUUCGCGUGCGACGUGACGCCAACGAACAGGUGGUCCUCGCUCAUGUCGUGGACCGCUUGUCGAACCUUGUAUCAGUUCUUACCGUUCAGGUGUUCAAGGAUGAGUGGACAUAUCGUCAAGGUAUCAUUCCUCAGCCGACAGCAACUUCGUUGGCCUCAAGUUCCACCACGGAGCCAUUGUUAAAGAAGUCGGUGGCUUCGAACAACGUGGCUCCUGUGCCAAGCUACCAGCAGUCCCUCGAACCACCAGUACCUUCACACGCAACAGUGUCGCUUAGUUUGUCACCGUCUGUGACGAACAGUGUGCACACUCACGCUUCUUCAUUUGGACAUCAGCAACCCAGACCUCAGCUGCCUGUCAGCCGACAGAGCCCACUCGCUUUGGCCACGAGUCCAGGCUUUCAGUCAUUCCACAACCACAGUUCUCACAGAAAUUAUAGCCCAGACUCACACAGGUGGAACAAUCCGUACGAUCCUGUUCAUUCUACGACAUUCCCACAGGACCACAGAAAUAAUCUUCUUAUUUCUGGAACUCGGACUUUGGAUGCCGAAAAGUUUUUCUACCAACCUCGUUGAUAAUUCAAGUGUAGUGAACAAUAUCAUUAAAUUUAAUAACACUUGGAUGUGCUCAUCUGCUCGUAAUUCUUUCUUUAUAUGGAACUUUACAAUUUGUGUUAUAUAAUUCUCUGUGCAGAUAUGACUCAGAGGAACAUUUUUGACAACACUUGUUGUGUGUUUACACUGUUAACAUCAAGCAAUUUGUUAGGAAGUUAUGGGUUAGUUGUAUGAUGUUGUAAAUAAAAGUUACAUUUUACACUUGGAUGCUCUGUAGUAUAUGUUGAUAAGAAUAAAUUCAAAGUGAUUUUGAUAGCAUGUAUAUUAAGAGAAAGUUUUGUAAGUGAUACAGAGUGUAUUUAUUUUACGUGUGUUGAUUCUUUUUAAAUAUAAUAUCAAAAUAAA